AUGAAUAAUCAAGGAUAUAAAUGGCUGACCAAUGCCAGAAUAACUUAUUAUCAGGGACUGCUUUGCAAAAAUUCGCAAGUCCACCUAGAAACUGUACGUACAUUGAACCCUGCUACAUUUCUGCCCACUAAGGAGGGGCCUCCUGACCACAAUUGUGAGGAAGGCACAAACAAAGUUUACCCAAGCAGGCCGAACCUGAAGGAAGUUUUUCUUCGGAACCCAGAACUGGUAUUGUUCACAGAUGGGAACAGCUUCAUCCAUGAAGGACAGCGCAAAGCUGGCUAUGCAAUCACAGCUACCGAUAAGUAUGCCACCAUGGGCUGUCCCCUGACCCUGUACCACACGGAGAAGCCAGAACAUGAAGACAUCUGUGAGUACUGCCCUUACUCCUGCCCUUGUCCUGGUACUUCCUGCGAGUGGCAGGGAUCCCUGGAAGCCGUGAUGUCCCAUCUCAUGCAUGCCCACAAGAGCAUCACCAACCUUCAGAAAGAAGACAUCGUGUUUCUAGCUACAGACAUUAACCUGCCAGGGGCUGUCAACUGGGUGAUGAUGCAGUCAUGUUUUGGCCAUCACUUCAUGCUGGUGCUGGAGAAACAAGAGAAGUAUGAAGGCCACCAGCAGCUUUUCGCCAUUGUUCUGCUCAUUGGCACCUGCAGCAAGCAGGCUGAGAACUUCGCCUACAGGCUGGAAUUGAAUGGGAACCGGCGCAGACUGACCUGGGAGGCCACGCCCCGGUCCAUCCACAACGGUGUGGCUGCAGCCAUCAUGAACAGCGACUGCCUGGUUUUUGACACAGCCAUAGCACAUCUUUUUGCAGAUAUCAAGAACCUUGGGAUCAAUAUGACUAUUUCAAAAUGCUGUCCCUGA